AUGACGACACCAGGCAGCAACGCCAACACCGGCGCGUCGGACUUGGCCCUGGCUAUGGACUGGGGCGGAACCUGGGCGCGGGCUGCCCUGAUUGACCGGGAAGGCCGGCUGCUGUGGCAAGACCGGAUUGUCAAUGCUGCCGGAGCGACGCAGGACGACCUGUUGGCUGCGGCGGGCAGCCUGCUCCAGCGGGCGCAGGCUCAGGCCGGCGACCGAUCCAUCGCCGGCGCCGGCAUAGCGCUGGCCGGCUCCAUUGACGCUGCCAGCAGUAUGUUGCUGUCCUCGCCCAACCUGCCGGCGUUGAACGGCGCCAACCUGCCGGAAUUGUGGGGGCCAAUGCUCGGCCUGCCCGUUUGGGUGGGCAACGAUGCCAACCUGGCCGCGCUGGGCGAAUACCACUACGGGGCCGGGCGUCCGCAACCACCGAAUCACGAGGCGGCUCGCACGCUGGUGUACCUGACUUUCAGCACGGGCGUCGGCGGUGGCAUCGUCGACCGUGGCGUGGUGUUCACCGGAGCGGCCGGAGCCGCCGGCGAGGUUGGUCACAUGACCAUUGACGCCCGCGCCGAUUCUCCCGCGUGCAACUGCGGCAACAACGGUUGCCUGGAAGCGUUGACUUCCGGCACGGCCAUCGGUCGCGCUGCGCAGGCUCGCCUCGGCGACGCCACGCCAGGUGCUCCGCUCCAGCAGGCUUAUGAGUCGGAUGCGACGGUAACGAGCGAAGCCGUAUUCGCCGCCGCAGCCCGUGGCGACGUGGUGGCGAUAGAGGUGGUGGACGCUGCCGUAGGCGCAAUGAUCAUCGGCUUGGGCAACGUGUGA